GGGGAGCGACGACGCCGGGGUUUCAGUGUAGCUGCUUCCCAUCCCUCUCCUCGGCCCUGCCUCGGAACUGAGCCCAGCCUGGACCGGACCGGUCCCUGCUGCCGGCCAGGCCACCCGGAACCCCGGUCUGAAGGAAGUGACAAGCAAUGAGCUUCAGGGACGCUGCCCAGCUGGUGUAGCUUGAAGACCUUCUGGGGAGCCAGGCACCCGUGAAGAUGGCCACAUACCCCAGCCCUAUAGUGGUGGCUGUGUGGGAAUGGCAGGAUGAGGUGGGCACGUGGCACCCCUACAGUGCAACUGUCUGUAACUAUAUAGAGCAGCAAUUCAUGACUCAAAAGGGCCAGCGAUAUGGAUUGGGAAGCUUGGCCACUAGUAUUCCCUUGGGCCAAGCUGAUCCCACACUGGCGCCCUACAUCAUCGACCUCCCCAGCUGGACCCAGUUUCGUCAGGACACAGGGACCAUGCGUUCUGUGCGGCGCCAUCUCUACCCUCAGCAGUCGGCUCCGGGCAGGGGGAUCAUCUGGGAGUGGCUGAAUGAUGAUGGCGUCUGGACUGCCUAUGAGAUGAACGUCUGUGAAUACCUGGAACAGCAGCUGGCCGUGGGGAACCAUCUCAUUGACCUGUCUCCCCUGGGCUACAACUACGAUGUGGAUUCCAGCACCUACACUCAGGUUAACAAGACGUCGAGUUUCCGCCGUCGCGUGCAGCGCCGCCAGGGUCCCACUUACCCCGUGACGGCUGUCAUCGCCGUGCCUGGCCACACGGGAGUGGCUUGCUCCUGCCACCAGUGCCUCGCAAACAGUGGGUCUGGCCCUGUCAACAACCGCUACAGACACUCAAUGACCCACCUCCCUGCGUAUGUGACGCCCCAGCCCACCCACCGGACUGCCCCCAUGGGGAUCUAUACAGGCUACGCACCCUACAGCAAGCCUUCCUUGUCUGGGGCCAGGUCUGCUCCGAGGCUCAAUGUUUCCAACCCCUGGAGCAUGGUAGCCCCUGUUAUGGGAGUGGUCUCCGUCUACCCAUCCAGCCUUCCACAACUUGUACCUCAGCGCCCGCCCUCAGGACCUGCUGCAGCUAAAAUCAGUAGUUCCUUCCCAGGCCUCCCUGUGACCGUCCCUGCCAGCGUCCCCGCCAGCGUCCCCUCCAGCAUCCCCAACAACACCUCAGCGAGUGCCCCUGCUAGCGUCCCCAGCGUGCCUGUGCAGAUGCCGAAGCCCAGCAAAGUCCAGCAGGCCCUCACAGGCAUGACGAGUAUUCUGAUGUCAGCCAUCGGACUCCCUGUGUGUUUCACCCGUGCACCACAGCCUGCCAGCCCUCCUGCCUCCUGUAUGCCCACUAAAAAUCACAGCUCAGUCAAGAGACUGAGGAAAAUGUCCAUGAAAGAUGCAGCAUCCCCAUCCCGGGAGCCUGAGCAGGUGCUUAAAAACUUCUCUGAAGAGCUGAAGACACCCCCUGAUGAGGACUGCAUCAUCUGUAUGGAGAAGUUGUCCUCGUCCUCUGGUUACAGCGAUGUGAUAGAGAGCAAGAAAAUCGGUCCCGACGUCGUGGGGCGGCUCACCAAAUGCAGCCACGCCUUUCACCUGCUCUGCGUGCUGGCCAUGUACCGAACUGGGAACAAGGACGGAAGCCUUCAGUGCCCUUCCUGCAAAACUAUCUAUGGAGAGAAAACAGGAACUCAGCCCAAAGGAAAGAUGGAGUUUGCUGUGUUCAAGGCCUCCCUCCCUGGCCACGAAGACUGUGGGACGAUAGAAAUCAUUUAUAACAUCCCUCGAGGAAUUCAGGGUCCCGAGCAUCCAAACCCAGGAAAGCCGUUCACAGCCAGGGGGUUUCCCCGUCACUGCUACCUCCCUGACAAUGCCCAGGGCAGAAAGGUUUUGGAACUUCUAAAGGUGGCCUGGAAGAGGCGCCUGAUCUUCACGGUCGGAACCUCAAGCACCACGGGUGAGACGGACACGGUGGUGUGGAAUGAGAUCCACCACAAAACAGAGAUGGGCCACAAUGUGACCGGCCAUGGCUACCCCGACCCCAACUACCUGGACAACGUGCUGGCCGAGCUGGCCGCACAGGGAGUGACCGAAGACUGUCUCAACAAGUGAUCCCCCAGAGCCCCCAGGACUGAGACGCCGGCCGGGGCCUUGCGGUUGUCCUUCGGAGCCCUAGCCCAGGGGACCCACCACCGCUCUGCAACUCGCACCGCCUUAUGUCCCCAUGUCGUCCCUCAUCCUCUUUGGAGCAAUAAUGCAUUUGGGGCUUGGUCGUUGACCAAACGGUCCAGAGGUCGUUUUUAUCUAAGGUCUCGAUAUUUUUCCGUGAUGUCGAUGCUGUAUGCCAGGGUGUCUUGCUACACUGGAUGCCUGCAAUUUUUUCUAGUUUGCACAUCUUGACUUACUCUAUUCGAUCUGUCCACAGAAAAGGCCACAAGCCUGGGUAGUCGUCUGGCGGGUCCGAAAGAUGCAGCUACCUCGAUUAAUCUAGACCCGUUCUGUCUCCUAGCUGUGGUCGGCUCCAGAUUGGUGGUGCCUGCAAGGCGUCCUUUGAGGAGACGACCUCCCGCCCACCCAUUUUGAUGGGCUCUGGGGCAGCUCUUCCUUCAUACCUCACUGCUGGUUUUAGGAAUUUCUAUACUUUUUUUUUUCUUGCAAUAAACUCAAAAUGCCUA